AUGGUGAAUUAUCUUUAUUGUAAUAGGGUCUUCGAUGAGUUUACAUCUGAUUAAAUUGGUGAUGAAGGUGCAUCAGACUUAGGUUCUGCUUUAGCAAAUUGCAUUAAUCUCUCAAAUUUGACACUUGACCUUUACCCUUCUGAAAUAGGUGAUGAAGGUGCAUCAGGCUUAGGUUAUGCUUUAGCAAAUUGUAUUAAUCUCUCGAAUUUGACACUUGACCUUAGUGAAAAUUAAAUUGGUGAUGAAGGUGCAUCAGGCUUAGUUUCUGCUUUAGCAAAUUGCAUUAAUCUCUCAAAUUUGACACUUGACCUUAGAGUAAAUGAAAUUGGUGAUGAAGGUGCAUCAGGCUUAGGUUCUGCUUUAGCAAAUUGCAUUAAUCUCUCGGAUUUGACAAUUGACCUUGGUGAAAAUUAAAUUGGUGAUGAAGGUGCAUCAGGCUUAGGUUCUGCUUUAGCAAAUUGCAUUAAUCUCUCGGAUUUGACAAUUGACCUUGGUGAAAAUUAAAUUGGUGAUGAAGGUGCAUCAGGCUUAGUUUCUGCGUUAGCAAAUUGCAUUAAUCUCUCAAAUUUGAUAAUUGACCUUUAUGGAAAUAAAAUUGGUGCAAUGGGUACAUCAGGCUUAGGUUCUGCUUUAGCAAAUUGCAUUAAUCUCUCGGAUUUGAUAAUUAGCCUUAGUAACAAUUAAAUUGGUGAUGAAGGUGCAUCAGACUUAGGUUCUGCUUUAGCAAAUUGCAUUAAUCUCUCAAAUUUGAGACUUGACCUUUAUAGGAAUAAAAUUGGUGCAAUGGGUGCAUCAGGCUUAGGUUCUGCUUUAGCAAAUUGCAUUAAUAUCUCGGAUUUGACAAUUGACCUUGGUGGAAAUAAAAUUGGUGCAAUUGGUGCAUCAGGCUUAGGUUCAUCUUUAGAAAAUUGCAUUAAUCUCUCAAAUUUGACACUUUACCUUCGUAACAAUUAAAUUGGUGAUGAAGGUGCAUCAGACUUAGGUUCUGCUUUAGCAAAUUGCAUUAAUCUCUCAAAUUUGAGACUUGACCUUUAUAGGAAUAAAAUUGGUGCAAUGGGUGCAUCAGGCUUAGUUUCUGCUUUAGCAAAUUGCAUUAAUCUCUCGGAUUUGACAAUUUACCUUAGUAAAAAUUAAAUUGGUGCAAUAGGUGCAUCAGGCUUAGGUUCUGCUUUAGCAAAUUGCAUUAAUCUCUCGGAUUUGACAAUUGACCUUGGUGAAAAUUAAAUUGGUGAUGAAGGUGCAUCAGGCUUAGGUUCAUCUUUAGCAAAUUGCAUUAAUCUCUCCAAUUUGACACUUGACCUUCAUGGAAAUAAAAUUGGUGCAAUUGGUGCAUCAGGCUUAGGUUCAUCUUUAGAAAAUUGCAUUAAUCUCUCAAAUUUGACACUUUACCUUCGUGACAAUAAAAUUGGUGAUAAAGGUGCAUCAGGCUUAGUUUCUGCUUUAGCAAAUUGCAUUAAUCUCUCAAAUUUGACACUUUACCUUCAUGAAAAUUAAAUUGGUGCAAUGGGUGCAUCAGGCUUAGGUUCUGCUUUAGCAAAUUGCAUUAAUCUCUCAAAUUUGACACUUUACCUUCAUGAAAAUUAAAUUGGUGAUGAAGGUGCAUCAGGCUUAGGUUCAUCUUUAGCAAAUUGCAUUAAUCUCUCCAAUUUGACACUUGACCUUCAUGGAAAUAAAAUUGGUGCAAUGGGUGUAUCAGGCUUAGGUUCAGCUUUAGCAAAUUGCAUUAAUCUCUCAAAUUUGACACUUUACCUUCUGUAAAAACAGUUUAUUAGAUUUGGAUUGUGA